AUCCCCACAACAUCCGGGCUCCCACGCCUGCAACCCGUUGCCGUGGAGACUGGCUGCUACACUAGAAGACAGGGUUUUCACCAGCUCUUUCACUCUCCAGAAGCCACACGGAUCGUUCUGGCUUCGUCCUUGCUGCUGCUUUUCGUCGAUUCAGUGAGAAGACCGGACCCUGCGCCCUCGCCAGACUUCUCGCCAUCAAGAAAGAGCUGCUUUUGCUGAAAAGAUUUUGAAGAUGGAGAAACCGACCGACUGGGACUUGUUAAUGAGUAAAUAACAAAGGAAGCCAUUCAAGUAGCUGAUGUUGGGCAAAAGCUGGUUUCACAACUAGACCUGCUUUUUGUGUUGCUGUAACCAGGAACUGAAUCUCAAGCCUCACACAAAUUAGGAAAGCACCCUCCAAGGAGGUUAAGAAAAGUACUUUGACUUCAGAUGAAAUGAAACCUGAACCAUCGGCUCCAUGUGUGAACCCUGGCAACCCUGUGUUCUCCUGUAUGUUGGACCCCAAGACAUUCCACACAACCACCUCAUUGUCUAAACCACAGAUGAUCAUGUACAAAACCAAUUCUAGCCAGUAUGGUGCGUUCUCGCCCAAGCCCCAGUUCUUUCCCUGCAGGUAUACUCCAAAAGAACAAGUGUUCUCGAAUCACAUCAAAGCAACUGGGUUUUAUCAAAAUAACAGCCUAAAUACUGCCCCUGACAGAACCAGAACCAUCGAUUUUCCUAACUUUCAACACACUCUCUGAAAAUACAUCUUCCUGACAGCUGAAGAUAAAAUGUUCUAGAGAAUGUUUGUUUUUAAGUCUAGUGUGCCUAAUUUUUGAACAUGAAAGGAUUUUAAUAUCUUUUAAUAAAAAAGAUAUAAAUACA